AUGGCGGGCCGCAGAACCGGAGGGACCACUCCGGACGGCUCGCAGGCAGGAGACACAAAUAGCAGCGAGCAGAUCGACAGCAUGCGGUCUGAGAUCAGUUCGCUGACACAGCAAAUGGGCCAGCUGGUGCAGCUGGUCGGAGGACUUGCUGCACGUAUAGAGGAGAAGUCCGGCGGUGCCACGGAGGGCGCCGCUGAAAGCGGCGGCGCCGUGGAGAGCGUCGCCACAAGCACUGCAGGUCAUUUUGGGACCGUGCAGUACGACGGGAGCGCGCAGGCAGCGGACCUGCGAAGAGAGUCUGGUCCUUCGGGACGACACAGCGGCGAAGUAGGGGGUUCAGACCCCCAAGAGCACGCCGAUAUGCUGACCAAGGUCCUUGGUAGGGGCAAGUUGGAGUACCACCGGAAGGCUCUGAUGAACCUGCCGAUGUAGUGUUCUGGUCUCGUUUUCGUGGCGUUUGUUUUGUUUUGUUCUAGCACUGGGCGCGUCUCGGACCAUGUGUAUGUGUUGCUGUUUUGUUUGAGUCAUCUAGCUGCUGACACGAUGACUGUUGGAUCUUGGGAGUGUACGAUUAUCAAAUUGGGAGAUGCAGCAUACCACGAUAUCCUGGCUUCGGCUGGGCUUGAAAUAACCCUUUUGCUGUCCUCCGCUCUUUGCAUCAGUGGCUUCCUAGGUUCGAGGGAGGGCAUGUGUGUAGCUGAGAUGUGUGUCUACGUGAAAUAACAUGUAGAGAGAGUCGUAUUGGCUUUCGCAUCAAGCGCAUUGCGCAUUUUUCGAAUUUCGGCCCCCUUCCAGGGACCUUGAUUUGUACCCGCUGGCACUGACGUCUUUUAAUCGGUCAGCCGGUUAGCG